AUGAGACUAAUAGCUUAUGGCACCUCCGCUGAUUCUGUGGAUGACUACAUUCGGAUUAGUGCAUCUCUUGCAAGAGAUUCACUUCAGCAUUUUGUGGAAGGAAUAGUCUCUUACUUUAGUGAUGAAUACCUUCGAAAGCCCAAUGAAGAAGAUCUAGUAAGACUACUAAGGAUUGGUGAACGUCGUGGAUUUCCUGGCAUGUUAGGUUCUAUUGAUUGUAUGCAUUGGAGGUGGAAAAACUGUCCACUUCGAUUAAAAGGUAUGUUUUCUGGAAGACCAGGUAAACCCACAUUAAUCUUGGAAGCUGUGGCAUCAUAUGAUCUUUGGAUCUGGCAUGCCUUUUUUGGGACACCAGGUAGUCGUAAUGAUAUUAAUGUUCUUGAUAGAUCCCCAUUGUUUAAUGAUGUUUUUGAAGGUUGUGCACCCUCUAUUAACUAUGUUGUGAAUGGUCGCACAUACAAUAUGGGAUAUUAUCUCACUGAUGGUAUAUAUCCUAAAUGGGCGGCAUUCAUUCCUACAAUAUCACUACCACAAAAUGAAAAAGAAGCGCUAGCUCGUGACGCAUCAAUGUUAGGAAAAAUAAUGAUAGCGUGUAUUAUUAUGCACAAUAUGAUUGUUGAGGAUGAAAGAGAUACAUAUAAAACGUAUUACGAUCCAAAUGAAUAUGAUCAAGCUACAAAUGCGUCUUCAAGUAAUGAAAAUAAUGAAGAGCCUUUUCAGUUCCAAAAUAGCAACAACCGAAUUGCAAGUUUGGAAACUUACAUGUCUAAUAGAGCACGUGUUCGUGAUGAAGCUAUGCAUAAAGCAUUGAAGAAAGACUUAGUUGAACAUAUGUGGCUCAAAUUCGGUGUUCAAAGUAGGGACAAUAAUUUGCAUUAA